AUGAAUAAAAAAGCGGUACGCACUGGUGUCACAGUUAUUCUUCCUAGAGGAAAGAAUAUUUCGGGAAAUCUUGAACAACAACAAGUGUUCGGUGCAUGGUAUUCCUUGAAUGGAAAUGGAGAAAUGACUGGAACGACAUGGCUUGAAGAAUCAGGUCUUCUUGGACCAAUAAUUGCGAUAACAAACACACAUAGUGUGGGCACAGUCAGAGACGCAGCUAUUCAAUGGAUCUUUCAACAAUCGAAUCAAUCAAGUUUGUCAGAUGAUGUUUAUUGUUCACUUAGUUUACCGGUUGUGGCUGAAACAUGGGAUGGAUUCCUUAACGACAUAAAUGGAUUUCAUGUUCGGCCAGAACAUCUUUUUGAUGCAAUCAAAACAGCAAGUUCAAUUCGUGCCGACGAAGGAAACGUUGGCGGAGGAACAGGAAUGAUUACGCAUAAAUUCAAAGGUGGUAUUGGAACAUCUUCUCGUAAGCAUAACGAAUAUACAGUUGGUGUUCUUGUUCAGUCCAAUUAUGGAAAACGAAAUCAAUUGACAAUUGCUGGCAUUCCUGUAGGUGAAGAAAUGUUAGAUGAAUUUUUGCCAGUUAGUGAGCAAGAAAAAUCUAAAUUAAAAGAACAAGGCUCGAUUAUUGUAGUUGUUGCUACAGACGCACCUUUUUUACCACACCAAUUAAAGCGGCUUGUUCGUCGUGUACCCAUCGGAAUAGGACUCGUAGGAGGACGAGGUGGUGAUAGUUCAGGUGAUAUUUUCAUUGCAUUUUCAACUGCUAAUCAACACAUAAUGGGUAGACAAACUGAUGUAUUGCAUUUAGACAUGUUACCGAAUGAAACAAUGAAUCCUUUUUUUGAAGCUGUUACUCAAGCAACUGAAGAAGCUAUUUUAAAUGCCAUGAUUGCAGCAGAAACGAUGGAAGGAAAUUAUGGACAUAAAGGCUAUGCUAUUUCACACGAACGAAUUGGUGAAAUAUUGAAAAAAUACAAUAGAUUAAAAAAAUAA